GAGGGAGGAUGACCAGACAGAUUUCUGUCCAACUAAAUGAUGAACCAGAGAGCCCUGCAGACAGCCGCUCAUCCAGAAGGAUUGUUCUUCUUGGUAAAAGUGGUGCUGGCAAGAGUGCAGCUGGAAACACCAUACUUGGAAAGAAAGUGUUUAAAUCGGAUCUUUGUAUGGCUUCAGUUACCAGUGAAUGUUCAGAGAGACAUGCCACUGUUUCAGGUAGAUCUCUGUCUGUAGUUGAUACUCCUGGAUUAUUUGACACUCAGUUGUCACAUGAGGACAUAAAGAUGGAGAUAGCAAGAAGUGUGUAUCUAUCCAGUCCUGGACCACAUGCUUUCCUCAUUGUGUUUCCUGUGAAUAUGAGAUUCACUGAACAUGAGCAGCAGAUUCCUCAGAUCAUUGAAAUAAUGUUUGGUCAGGAGGUGUUAAAAUACUCCAUCAUUCUCUUCACUCAUGGAGAUCAGCUGAAAGGAAAGUCCAUAGAGAAUCUCAUUAAGGGGAACAUUAAAUUUAGGCAUCUAGCUCAAGAGUGUGGAGACAGAUAUCAUGUCUUCAACAAUGAAGAUGAGAAUAACAGAGAGCAAAACGUUGAUCUGCUGCAGAAGAUUGACACAAUGAUAGAGCAGAAUGGAGGAGGAUACUACAGUAAUCAGAUGUAUGAAGAUGCUUACAGAUUCAGACAAUUAGAAGAAAAGAGGAGAAAGAGAGAGGAAGAGGAGAGAAAACAAGAAGUGGAGAAAAAAAUACAAGAGAAGACUGAGACAUUGAUGAAGGAGCAAUUGCAGAGAAUGAGAGAAGAGAUGAAAGCAAAACAGAAAGAGGAAGAAGAAAGAAAACUACAAGAGGAGAAACAAAGACAAGAGGAGAAUGAGAGAUUGAUGAAGGAGCAAUUGCAGAGAAUGAGAGAAGAGAUGGAAGCUAAACAGAGAGAGGAAGAAGAGAGAAAACUACAAGAGGAGAAACAAAGACAAGAGGAGAAUGAGAGAUUGAUGAAGGAGCAAUUGCAGAGAAUGAGAGAAGAGAUGGAAGCUAAACAGAGAUCUGAACUAGAAAGAGUUAAUGUAGAAAGACAGAGACAAGAGGAGGAGAGAAAACAACAAGAGGAGAAACAAAGACAAGAGGAGGUGGAGAGAGUAAGAAAGGAGACAGAGAAAAGAAUCAGAGAAGAGAUGGAAGUUAAAAAGAAAGAGGAAGAGCAGAGAAAAAAACAAGAGGAGAAACAAAGACAAGAGGAGACUGAGAGAUUGAUGAAUGAGCAAUUGCAGAGAUUCAGAGAAGAAAUGGAAGCUAAACAGAGAUCUGAACUAGAAAGAGUUAAAGUAGAAAGACAGAGACAAGAGGAGGAGAGAAAACAAGAGGAGAAACAAAGACGAGAGGAGAUGGAGAGAGUAAGAAAGGAGACAGAGAAGAGAAUUAGAGAAGAGAUGGAAGUUAAAAAGAAAGAGGAAGAGCAGAGAAAAAAACAAGAGGAGAAACAAAGACAAGAGGAGACUGAGAGCUUGAUGAAUGAGCAAUUGCAGAGAAUGAGAGAAGAGAUGGAAGCUCUACAGAGAUCUGAACUAGAAAGAGUUAAAGUAGAAAGACAGAGACAAGAGGAGGAGAGAAAACAACAAGAGGAGAAACAAAGACGAGAGGAGACUGAGAGAUUAAUGGAGCAAUUGGAGAGAAUCAGAGAAGAGAUGGAAGCUAAACAGAGAUCUGAACUAGAAAGAGUUAAAGUAGAAAGACAGAGACAAGAGGAGGAGAGAAAACAACAAGAGGAGAAACAAAGACAAGAGGAGGUGGAGAGAGUAAGAAAGGAUACAGAGAAGAGAAUCAGAGAAGAGAUGGAAGUUAAAAAGAAAGAGGAAGAGCAGAGAAAAAGACAGGAGAAACAAAGACGAGAGGAGAUGGAGAGAUUAAGAAAGGAGACAGAGAAGAGAAUCAGAGAAGAGAUGGAAGUUAAAAAGAAAGAGGAAGAGCAGAGAAAAAAACAAGAGGAGACUGAGAGAUUGAUGAAUGAGCAAUUGCAGAGAAUGAGAGAAGAGAUGAAAGCUAAACAGAGAUCUGAACUAGAAAGAGAUAAAGCAGAAAGUCAGAGAAAGGAAGAGCAGAUACAACUACAAGAGGAGAAACGAAGACAAGAGGAGAUGGAGAGAGUAAGAAAUGAGAUAGAGAAGAAAGUCAGGGCAGAUGUAGAGGACCAAAUGAAAAGUGAAACUAAGUCACAUACAAAGAGUGACCCUGGAAUUGCAAAGUUUGUUACGGAGUAUAAGCAAGAGUUAAAUAUUUCAGCUUCUGCAGUUAAUAAAAGUAGUGGGGUUGGAGCAAUCAUUGGUGGUGUUAUUGGUGGUGCUGUUGGAUUAUUGGCAGGUCCUGCUGGUGUAGCUGCUGGUGCUGCUGCUGGUGCAGCCGCUGGUGCAGCCGCUGGUGCAGCUACAGUAGUCAAAGUUACUCACCGAGGGAAGAUUGCACUGCUUGAGACACCAGCGGAGGUUGAAAAGUUCGUCCUCAGUAUGAAUCCCAUCGCAAAAUCUUCCUGGAAGGGAGCAGAGGCGGUCGUGUCACAAGAAUCCGAAGAGAAGGAGCAUGAAUCGGCAGUUCCCAUGGAGGACCUUACUGAGACGGAUUGA